GGGGCUGCUGGUGUCCAGGGAUUGACGGGUUCUCCCGGGCCUGUCGGUGUGACUGGCCAGACAGGCCAGCAGGGAGUCGCUGGAAUGUCGGGGUCUACUGGAACACGAGGAACUGAUGGUCAGGCGGGGAUUACUGGAAUAACUGGACAAACUGGAGCUGCAGGUGCACGUGGUAUAGCAGGAUCUACUGGUGUGGCUGGACAAGUGGGGAGGACCGGUGUAUCAGGGCAGACGGGUAGCCAGGGAGUGCCGGGAACAUCUGGAGCAACAGGUACUGCUGGUCUCCAAGGUACCACUGGUGUAGCAGGAGCCCAAGGACUCACAGGUUUCAAUGGUGUGACUGGUUCCACUGGAGCUGCUGGCUCUCAGGGCAUCACCGGCCAGUCGGGGAUGACUGGAUCAGUGGGAUCUGCAGGACGUACAGGGACCACAGGAGCGACAGGCCUUGUUGGAUUGACAGGACAAGCCGGCGCUGCUGGAAUCACAGGGACGUCAGGACAGACUGGCGUAGCUGGGCAGACCGGAUCUGUUGGUCUGACGGGAACGCCUGGCAGGACGGGGUUGGCUGGAGUGACUGGAGUAAGUGGACAUACAGGUGGAGCUGGACCAAGAGGUUCUUCUGGUCAAGUGGGAGAAACAGGAGUAGCAGGUGCUGCAGGAAUAACUGGUGCUACUGGCAUCAUGGGUCAAACAGGUUCAAAGGGGGACAAAGGAGAUACAGGUAUUACGGGAAUAUCCGGACAGGGUGGCUCAGAAGGACGGACUGGUGUUCCAGGACAAACUGGUGCCUCUGGAGGAACUGGCAUCCCAGGUGCUACUGGAAUAACUGGACCUCCUGGUCCUGCCGUUGCCGUCUCGGGUAAUGCGGGGAUUGCUGGGGCACCAGGCCAAACAGGUCGCACUGGAAUGACGGGUUCAGCUGGUUCACCUGGGUUACAUGGAAUCACAGGUAUCACAGGACUAACGGGCGCUGCAGGAUCCCCUGGUGUGACGGGGAUGGCGGGCGUCAGUGGACAGUCGGGAACAACAGGCUUGCAAGGACCUGCAGGCAUCACUGGAGUGUCUGGCGUCAUGGGUUUGCAAGGACAGACAGGGGAAACGGGUGCCGUGGGACCAGUUGGUGCCGUGGGUGCUUCAGGACAGGUUGGAGUUUCUGGUGCAACAGGAGUAUCAGGACGUUCAGGGGUUGAUGGUUUACCGGGUCAAACAGGAGCAUCAGGAGUGUCAGCUACUGGAAUCACCGGGGCAACGGGACACAUCGGGACGCCUGGCAUUACAGGGAUGUCUGGCAUAGAUGGAGCACAUGGAAUAACGGGAAUGUCUGGUUCCACUGGGGUUAGAGGUAUAGCAGGUUCAGCAGGAGCUACUGGUCCUGCUGGUAUAAGCGGCAUCACGGGUACCAGUGGAUCGCCUGGAGCAAAAGGUGAUCCUGGUUCUGCUGGAAUCACUGGACCAAGUGGACGAGUGGGGAUCACCGGAAUGUCUGGUAGAACAGGACCAGCGGGUGUGUCCCAGGUAUUGCUGGUGUGA